UCCAAGUCCAGCCGAGGAGAAAGCAAGAGGCUAAAUUCCGCUCGCAGCCGACUCGACUUAAAUAUUUCUAUCCAGUAGUGAAAGCAAACAGCGACUGACUCGUCGUCAUAAGGAUAACAAUUUGGCAACUGGUGUACGUUUCUGAAGUGGUGGAUAUCAGGUUUACAAAAUUGUGAUUACAAAAACGUGGAAUUUCAUUUCAUUCAAUUUCAAAAUACCAAUCAAUGUAAACAAGUCAACUUCAAUUGGUUCUAGAUUGUAUAUCGAUUCUGGUCUAGUCUGAUGUCCGUACUUAAUUAAAGAAGAAUAACCAUUGUGUUUAUCAGUAAAAUGUCUGAUCAUGAUACCGACGACACGGACGUGCUUCUAAACUCUGACCCCCUAGGAGGGCUUUUUCGCGACCUCUCUCUGAAAGAACUUGUCGACAAACACAGCAGUAUUCUCCCUUUAACAACGAGGAAAGCAUCGCCUUCACCUAAUGGACCUGUCAUCCCAGAAACAAACGGUGGCGAAAUUAUGGCCGCAACAAACCACGACCUGAGCGGCACCAGCAACAUGGAUCUCAGCGACUACUUCAACUCUCAAGGAGAAAUUGCCCUUAGUGGACUCUCAGAGUGGAGUGUAGAUUCCGAGAUUGAGAAGGAAAAAGCUGAUGACGACGACGACGGGGGCGAAAGCGACUCUAGUUUUACCUACAACGAAGAAAAUAUACGAAAAACAUAUGAUACCGAAACCAAUAACGACAACAAGAAAGCCAACAGAAUGGACGAAGUUGUCCCCGCAAAAGCAACGACUGACGAGACCGACACAUCCGCAAGUAGGUCCUACGUCCCCCAAUUUCUCAAUCACGGCCGCGUCGUGGACAUCAAUCUUGAAAACCCUGCAAUUGACUGGAAUAUCCCACUCCCCAGCCACUUCCAAUUACAACUAGGUCCAGGAGGGUCGUCGUACCUGAACGAGAAAGGAGAACAAAUCUUCACCCGUGCGCCGAACUUCCGAUCUGCGAAUGGAUAUCAAUCUACCACGGAUAAAGAACCAAGUAGGCAAUUAACCAAGGAGCAGAUAGCGGAAGAGGUUAAGAAAAUGUAUGCAGAUCCAGAAGUUCCCGACCUCCAAAUUGAUACAAACCCCAAGAUAAAUACUCGAAAAGUGUUGAGGUUUGCGGAUGAAAUUGAACACGUAGCUGAAAAUCCUGUCGAAUCAUCGUUACAAGGAGGAUUCAACUUUCUUAACAAUAACGAUACCCCGGUCAAGUUUGACUCAUCUCCUAAAAACUCAUUUAGCGUUCCUGAAGGAGAGAAACUGCUCGGGAGGAAGAAGCAGAUUGCAUCCAAGGGGAAGAGGAAAAGUAUUAAUAAAUUCCAAGGUGCUGGUGACGCCGCGUCAGUGUCGACUACGGCGGCAUCUUCUUCAGAGUCGUCGCCUUCAGUUAAACCACCUUCCUCCUCCGCCUCCUCUACGACAUCAUCUUCCGUCCCAUAUUGCACGAAAGUAAUCCGAGGAAUGAAACGGACCAAGCCUAAACAACCACCCCAACCAGGAUUCAGUUUUGGAUAUGGAGACAGUGAAAAUGACCUCUCGCCCAUUCGAAGGAUUAGAGACUUCAACGGUCCAGUAGCUGGUAGUUCAGCAUCUCAACCAAGGGUGAAUAAUUGUACAAGUCAUCACCAUCAUCACCCAAGUCCUCUAGGCAGGGACGACUUUCACGACGGGAUGGGAAGAGUGAAGGGCUCCGCUGCAGCAAUGGAUGAGCUCAAGGCAAUUUGGAGAGAGAUUCAGACUAAUAGGAUACUUCUGAGACAAGGGGAUGAAUCGUCUGAAGACGAUGAUGGGACUAGCAAGGCGUCGUUUAUCGAAGACUUGGGCAAGGGGGAUGGACCUCCUUCUGCUAAAAGUGAUGCUGGAAAAUCCUCCUCUUCACGUGGUAGCCAUAUCAAUCAUGGUGUUCGACCCCAUCAUCCUUCUCAACCCCCCUUCACAGCCCCAUUCCCGUCCCCCUCGAUCGACAACUUUGAUUCCGACCUGGAAACUCUGCUGAACGAGGCGGACAUUAAUCCUGCCGAUUUUGAAGAUAUCGUAGACGACUUGGACAUUGCAGAAUGUGACGUUGGUGCUGGUAUUGAUGACCUCUUACGCGAAAUUGUCGACCCCAACGCAUCCCCACAAAACAAGGAGACGGCCAAGCUCUCUCAUUGGGCACAAAGUGGGGCAGUUGAAUACGUUGAAAAGUAUCACGAGGAGAAAUUCCGUCGGCAAGAGUGUGAAGAUGAGAUUGAUCGUCUACAGAAAGAAAAUUUAAACAUUCGGCAGAGAAAUGCUGUCCUGGAAGGAGUCACAAAACGGAAGGACGCUACAAUUAUCAAAAUAUCCAAGGCGUGGAAAGAAGUCGCGACCGAGUGGAGAGCGUAUGAAUCUCAGACCCGAGGAGAUUUUGACAAGUUGAAAAAGGAUCAUGUCGAACUGAGCGGGAUCUGUGCCCAAAAUAAUGAGAAGGUCCAACAAUAUGAGAAAGAGUUGAUAAAGAGUGUCGAGCUGGCGGAUAACUUCAAGACCCAGUUGACAGAGGUACAGAAAUCGAAAGACGUCGCAGUGGGCAAGUUGGAGGCAGAGUUGGCCUCCCUGAGGGAGAAGAUUAAAAUUAUGUCUAAAGGUGAAAUGGAAAUUAUGGAAGAAAAGAAAACUGCAGUCCGUGCUUUAACAGAAUCUCAACAAAAAUUGGACCAGUUGCAAGUAUCUUACCAAAAACUAGAAACGGAGCUUCACACCCAGAAAACUACCGCUUUCCAAAGGGAUCAAAAACUGUCAGAAAUUUCAAACCAAAACUCUAAAUUAGAGUCUCUCCUCGAUGAGAAGGUUACCCAAAAUAAUGAACUUUUGAAGAAAACGAAACAAUUGUCGGACACGGUUGAAUUCGCAGCUUUAGAAAAGGAAAGGCUGCAUCGUGAGCAUGAAAAUGUGUUGGGUCAAAAAUUGAAGGACGAGGGCGAGCGACUACACGGUUAUUACAAUAAAAAGUUGCAAUCGGCGUUAAAGGCGGCUGGUGAAAAGGCAUUGCAAGCUGAAGCAGCGACGAGAGAAAGCAUGAAAAUCGCUGAGGUUGAGAAUGAGAGGAAAUUAACGGAAUGCAAGGACAGAUGCCAAUCGGACCUGAUGCGAAUGAAAACAAUUUACGAAGUAGAGAUGAGGGAGUUGAAGAAAGAUAAUGCACAAAAGCAGCUCUUAAUUACUACGACUGCCCAACAACUCCAGACUGGUGGAAUCGCAAGGUCAAACACGAUGGAUCGCCUGCAGUCAAUCGUCAAAAAUUUUCCCAGCAUUCAUCAUCCCGACACUAGUUUUUCCAUCGGAGGAGGACAAGGCGAUCGUCCCACCCAUAACAACAUUACUACAGAUCUACACCUGCUAAUGAACAAGAACAAAGAUAUCAACUCCAACUCCAGCGUGUUGAACAGUAGCAAAGAAUAUGCAAAGUUUGCUCAGACGCUCCAGCAAAGUACUAAUCCCAGCAAAAAUACAACAUUGAAGCCAGAAAAUAUUCCUCCAUCUUACAAAGAAGUUAUAGCAAGUCCUCGUAAGUUUAGACCGGUGGCGAUGGAGGAUAACUUAUCGUUAUCAACCUUAAUUAACAACAUGUCUCAAAAUAAAGAAAAAUCUUCUCCUCCUUCGAGUUAGCUAAUGCGACGGUCGGUUUUAUGAAGCAGUCGCAAAUUUUGUAAUCUAAAUAGAUAUUUCUCCUUUUAUGAAGUGAAAAUUGUUAAGAUAAAAACUUAUUUUACGGAAUCCCACUUGUCAGUAUGAACCAACUAAUAAGUAGUAAGUAAUAAUAAGUCGUGAUGUAAAUGUACAUAAUAUUUUUAACUCGCACUUGACGUGUUUUCCACUUUUGUUUUUAAUUUCAUACCGAUACAUAUUUUAUUAACUUUUGGAAUAAAUAGUCAAAAUAUAA